AUGAGUUCACCACAACCUACACCAACAUUUAAAGUUGGUCUUACACCAGAGGAAAAAUCAUUAUAUACUCAAUUAUUCAAAUCAUUAGAUCCAGACAAUACUGGUAUAAUAACUGGAGAAAAAGCAAGAUCAACAUUUGAAAAAUCAAAUUUACCACCUGCUAUAUUAGGAGAAAUUUGGCAAUUAGCUGAUCAGAAUAAUUUAGGAUUUUUAAAUCAAUAUAGCUUUUGUUAUGCUAUGAGAUUAAUUGGUUAUACUCAAUCUGGUCAACAUCCAACUCCAGGUUUAGCUGAUACUCCUGGUCCUUUACCUAAAUUUGCUAAUAUUCAACAACCACAACGUUUACAAACUCAAUCAACUAGUAAUUCAUUUUUAUCAAGUCAACCAAAUAAUACAAUUCCACAAUCAGCUACUCCACAAGUUUCAUUAAAAUCAAUAAGUUCAAAUGAUUAUCAAAAAUUUUCUCAAUUAUUUAUUAAAACUGUUGGAUCUUAUCAAGGUGAAUUAGGAGGUGCACAAGCAAGAGAUAUUUUUAUGAAAGCAAGAUUACCAACACCAGUAUUGGGACAAAUUUGGAGUUUAGUUGAUAGAAAUAAUACAGGUAUUUUAAAUGUUGGUGCAUUUGUAAUAGCUAUGCAUUUAAUUCAAGGUUUAUUAAGUGGUCAAAUCAAACAAUUACCUCCAUUUUUACCUGAAUCAAUUUGGCAAUCAGUAGAGAAUCAUCCUCAACCUCAAUCUCAGCAACAACAACAACAACAGCCACAACCACCACAAUCGUCACCAUCUUACCAACCAUCAUCUCGUCAAAGUUCUAUAAGUUCACAACAAACAGCAAUCAGACAUCAACCACUGAGAGAUUUUUCUGGGGCAAGUACUACUUCAAAUAAUGAAUGGGUAGCUACGCCAACUAUGAGAGCUCAAUUUGAUUCAGUAUUCAAUAGUCUUGAUAAAGAAAAUGUAGGUCACUUAAAUCCAGACCAAGUUGCUUCAUUUUUAAUGACUUCAAAAUUAAAUCAACAAGAUCUAGCAUCAAUUUGGGAUUUAGCAGAUAUACAAAAUACUGGUCAAUUCACAAAGUUGGAAUUUGGAAUUGCUUUAUUUUUAGUCAAUAGGAAAGUUACAGGUCAUAAUUUACCAAAUGUAAUUCCAGAAAGUUUGAUCAAUUCUUUAAAAUCAUCACCUCAACCAUCACAACAACAACAACAACAAACAAAAGCUAAUGAUACAAGAUCUCCACCACCUUCUCAAUACAAACCAAAAUCUUCGAUUGACGAUUUAGCAGACAUCUUUGGAACUUCAUCACCACAACCAACAGCACCUUCAAAACAACAUGAAUUACAACAAAGAGCUUCUAGUAGUGAUUUAUCACAUGGAGAAUUACCAAAAGUACGUUCUACUUUAACUGGAUCAUUCAAGCCAACCUCUACUUUUGGUCAAACAUUAUUGCAACAACAAUCCCCAUUGCCUUCAUCACCAUCAAUUCCGGAAAGAAAAGAAGAAGAUUUAUUGGGUGAAGAUGUAUCACAUAAAUCUAUUCCUGCUCCAACUCAAAAAGUUUCAAGUCCUCCAGUUACAACUGAUACGUCUGGUCAAAAACAAGUCAAUUAUGAUGCGUUAAGAUCUGUUCCACCUCCACCAGUUAAAAAACAAUCGACUCAAUCAGAAUCAGUUCCACAGGGAAGAUCAUAUUCUCAACAAUCACAACCACCUCAAAAUAAUAAUGAUUUAUUAGCUGAUCCAUAUCACUCACAACAAUUAUCACAAGCAACUUUGGACUUGGCAAAUGUAUCAAAUCAAAUUAACUCACUUAGAACUCAAACUACUAGCUUGGAUGAAAAGAAAAAUAAAACUGAGCAAGAGCUUAAGAAAUUAUUAAAUGCAAAAUCUGAAUUUGAAAGUAAAUUAAAAUUAUUAAGAACCUCGUAUGAAAAUGAGGUGAAACAAGUCAAACAAGUUGAAGAAAGUUUAGCAACAGCCAAAGAAGAAACAGAAGCACUUAGAUCAGAAGCAUCAAUAUCUGAAGCAAAACUUAAUUCUUUAUCUAAUGAAUUACAUAAUAAACAAAUUGCUGUUGAAGAAUUACAAAAGGAAAAUAAUACAUUGAAAGAAAAAUUAGGUGUAUUAAAUGCUGAAACAGUCGAACUUGAAAAACAAUUGGCAAGUAAACAAUCAGAUACUCAAGAAUUACAUAAUAAACUUUCAGUUCAGAAAUCCCAAGCUCAUGUUGUGAUUGUUAAGAAUGAAGAUUUGAAAUCAAAAAUUGCUGAAAUUGAAGCUUCUCAUAAGGAAUUACAACAAAGAAUUGAUGAUGCUGAAAAGGAAAGAUUAGCUCAUGAACAACAUCAACAGGAAUUGCAUGACAAACAAAAAGAAUUGGAAAAUAAUAAACCUUCAAAACCAAGUUCUGAUUUCGCUCAUGCUGGAAUCAUUGCAGGUGCUGGUGCUGCUGUUGGUGCUGCAAUUGGUGGUGUUGCUAGUGCUGUUUCUCAUAGUUUUGGGGGUUCAGAUGAACAUGAACAAGAAACUCAAUCCAUAUCAACACUUGAACAACAACAUACAAACAACAUAGAACAAGUUAAUAAAGGAGUUAAAGAAUUAUCUACGAAUGAACCAGUUGAUAAUGCUACUAAUGCUACUUCAUCAUCAAUAACAACUGAACAUCCAAGUGAGGCUGAUACACCAAUUACAUCUCCAAGUAACUCCGAAUUUCAAUUCCCACAAGGAAACAAUGCUGGUAUUGCUGGUGGAAUGGUUGGUAUGCCGGGAGUUUUAGUUGGUGUUCAAAGAACAGAGUCAUUAACUUCAAGUGUACAGAAUAAUGCAGCAUUGUCUGUAAGAGAUGAUAAUAUUGAUGUUUCAGAUAGAGAUACAAUUGAUCAAGCACCAGAAGAAAGUCGUGAAAGUGAUAAAGGAUCAUCAUCAUUUGAAAUGGUAAAUUCAGAAGAAGCAAGAUCUCCAGACAAUUCAGAAUUCCCACCAAUAAGAGAAUUAGAUUAUCAAGAAAGUGAUUCAGAGGAUGAAGAUUCACAAAAUUUCGAUGAUGCCAAAGAUAAUUUCAAACAACCUCAACAGGAUACUACUGGUGCAACAAUAACAGGAACAUCUCAAUUAGAUGAUGAUGCAUUCGCUGAUCUUGAACCAGCAGCUCCAGAAACCAAUACUAAAGAUGACUUUUUCGAUGAAAAUUUUGAUAAUUUAGAAGCUGCUGCUCAAGAUGAUAAUAUAGACGAUGAAUUUGAUAAUAAUAAUUAUGAAUUAGGCAAUGAUUUCACAAAUUCAAAUGCUCCAAAUUUUGAAGAACUUGGUGGUAAUACUCAACAAUCUAGUGGUAGUGAUGAAUGGGAACAAUUAUUUGCAGGUUUUGGAAAUGCUCAACCAAUUGAAAAUGAAAUAAAUGAAUCACAAAGUGCAUCACCUCAAGAGGAUCCAAAUAUUAGUGUACAAACUGAUCACAAGACUGAUGAUUAUGCUGUACAAGAAUUAAUUGGCAUGGGGUUUGAUAAACAAACUGCAAUUGAAGCUUUAAAAAAUCAAAAUGGUGAUUUAGAAGCAGCUACUAAUUACUUAUUGGAUAAUGCCUAG